ACCAAACUGCUGGCCCCCCUCCUCCUGUCCAGUAGCUGAGUUCUUGUCCAAAGCUCCACAGCCUCCUGCUGCACAUGCCAUCAGGAACGCUGUGCAGAUGCUAAAGACAAUAGAUGCUAUGGACCAGUAUGAAGACCUGACUGAUCUGGGCUACCACCUGGCUGAUCUCCCCGUGGAUCCCCACUUGGGCAAGAUGGUGCUGUGCGCUGUGGUGCUCAAGUGUCUGGACCCCAUUCUAACCAUUGCCUGUACACUGGCCUACCGAGACCCUUUCAUCCUUCCCGCUCAGGGAUCUCAGAGAAGAGCUGCACUACACAACCGCAAAUGUUUCACCUCCACCUCCUUCAGCGACCACAUGGCCCUGCUGAGAGCCUUCCAGGCAUGGCAGAAGGCCCGCAGUGAAGGCUGGGAGAGAUCCUUCUGUGAGAAGAACUUCCUGUCCCAGGCCACCAUGGACAUGAUACUCGGCAUGAGGACACAGCUGCUGGGACAGCUCCGAGCCAUUGGUUUCGUGCGAGUCCGUGGGAGCAGUAACAUCCGGGAUGUGAAUCGGAACUCUGAGAACUGGGCCGUGGUGAAGGCAGCUCUGAUGGCUGGCAUGUAUCCAAACCUGGUCAAUAUCAACCAGGAGACCUCCCUGCUCUCCUGUAACCGGGAGAAGAAGGUCCACUUUCAUCCCACAUCUAUCCUGAGCCAGUUCAAGGAGGUAGGGGAAAAAAUGAUUUCAUUAAUAUGUAAUCCUGUCUUUACAUUGUGGUCUCAUCACUAGAAGGAUCUUAACUCUCCUUUCUAUCCACUGAGCGCUGUCCAGAGGUGUCGGAGCUUUACAAGACCUGCAGAAUCCAUGCCUAGUUAUUACACACAUUAUGAACACAUAUCUUGUCAAAAAAUUCUGUAGAGAAAGAAAGGACAUGGAUAUAACCCUUUAAGCAUUUUGGUUUCUAGCUUUUUAAAAGAGUCAAAUCCAUGUAGGUUUGUCCUCUGAAGCCACACAGUUAGUGAGCCACAGAGGAGGGAACUGCAUGUACACAUGGAUCCCCUGCAACUAUGGCUUGGUGCAUAUUUUCUUUACUUUCAUGCACAUUGGAUGAAGUGGAUUUUCUCUGCAGCCCCUAUACACAGCACCGACAGACAGAUUAACAGACAAAAGGUUUUAGGUGUGUGUGUGUGUGUGUGUGUGUGUGUGUGUGUGU